AUGGUUAUCUUCUCAAAAGCAAUUCGGAUCGCAAUUCCAACCGCCGUUGCUGGUCUAGGGGCCUAUGCUCUAUCGGAUGAACAAAAUCGGGAAGCGAUAGUUCGCAAGGCUUACGCAUUCACCGGCAAACAUUCAUCUAAGUCGUUCGACGAGCAUUUUCCGCGUGGUGUUUGGAACGAGAAUUGGGAUUUCCGAGAGCCACUCAGCUUGGUGAAUCCAAAAAAAUACGACGCUGCCAGCGAAGAAGAGAAGAAGAAAAUGCUAGAUGAUCACAAGCCGACCGCUACCCGCCACAUUUUUCUAAUCCGCCACGGGCAAUAUCAUUUGGAUUCGGAAACGAAAAAUUUGACACCAUUGGGAAAAGAGCAAGCAGAAUUGCUGGGAAAACGUCUAGCUGCUUCUCCAAUCAAGUUCGACAAACUUAUUUAUUCAACCAUGACUCGCGCCACCGAAACCGCUAAUAUCAUCUUAAAGCAUUUCCCCGAGACAUUCCCAAGAUCCUCAACACCCCUUCUUGAAGAAGGACCGCCAUACCCACCAGUUCCUGCUCACAAGCAAUGGCGCCCUGCAGCACCGGAGUUUUACUCGGAAUCGGCUCGUAUCGAAUCCGCGUUCCGUAAGCUUUUCCACAGAGCCUCGCCAACCCAAAAAGAGGAUUCGUACGAGUUGGUGGUGUGUCACGCCAAUGUGAUUCGAUACUUUGUGUGCAGAGCGCUGCAGUUUCCGCCAGAAGGCUGGCUGCGUAUGUCCCUCGGCAACUGCUCGCUGACAUGGGUCGUGAUCCGCCCUUCCGGCAACGUCUCGAUUCGUUCGAUCGGCGACAUCGGCCACCUUGUGCCGCAUAAGGUCUCGUUCACCUAG